AUGGUCGAUGGAUUUGACGUGAAACAGCCGCCUUUGAAUGUACCUGCUCUCAAAGCGUCCGAUUUCCGUCCAUUGAAGCUUUUGGGGAAGGGAGGCCAAGGGACGGUGCUCCUGGUGGAGCACAAGGUGACAGGGAGCGUCCACGCUCUCAAGGUCAUGGCGAAGUAUCCGGAGCGAGCCGAGGACAAGGAGAAUAGAAUGUACGAAGAACAAGCCAUUCUACGGUCCCUGGCUCUCUCCCCGAGAGAACAAACCUCGUGUUUGCUCGAUUUCGAAGCGUCAUUCCAUGACAAUGCACACUUCUUCUUUCUUACGGGCUAUUCCCCCCGAGGGGAUCUAUGGACCGAGAUAGAGCGCUACAAGACGACCGGUAUGCCCGAGAAUAUGAUCCUAGGUUACGCUGCUGAGAUCGUACAUAUACUCUCGGUGCUUCACUCGUUCUUUGUUCUACACCGCGACUUCAAGCCGGACAACAUUCUCAUCGACGCACGUGGGCAUCUGCUCCUCGCCGACUUCGGUAUUUCGCGCGCUUUCGAGCUUCCUCCGGAUGCUCGACCGUGGGUCAAGGAUGAACCAAGCGCUUCGCUCAAGCUCAACCUCCAGAAGCGCAAGAACUAUCUGCGCAAGCUCGUGCGCGCGCAGCUUUCCGCUCGACAUAUGACCCUCAAUGUCUGCGGCACACCGGGAUUCGUCGCUCCGGAGGUGUACAGGGGACCAGCCUACUCGUAUGGCGCGGAUGUGUGGGCUGCGGGGGUGAUCAUCUACAAGAUGGCAUUUGGGAAGCUGCCGUUCGGACUGACGAAGAAGAUGGAGAUGCAGGAUAGGGUGAAGCAGACAUGUCUUAGCCCUCUCGAGUUCCCAGAGGACGGUCGCAGAACUGUCAGCGCUGAGUUCAAAGAUCUGCUGUCGCAGAUGCUCGAGAAAGACCCAUCGAAAAGGCCACAAGCGAAAGACCUCAAGAGCCACCCUUACUUUGCUGUUAUCCCCUGGGACGCGAUUGCUCGACGAGAAGGUUCUGGUCCCGGUGCUCACGCACAUGCUGCGCCAAAGAAGGCGGACAAGAAGAUCACUAUCCCAGAAGGGACGCUCUAUCCACCCGGAGAGGACCCUGCCCCGUGGAUGGAUUGGAUGACUGCCGCCUUUCGUGACAAGCUCGUGUCCAAGCAGACUCAGGCUCAGCAAGAUGGGUCCCUAGGUGUAGCCGCUCCGACCAUGCCGAGGUCGAGGUCAUUCGGGUUGAUACAGAGAUGCAGGUCGCUGUGGAAGCUCUCUGCGUCUCAAAGGAGUCUGAAUGCUGGCGUCGAGGUCGAGAGCUGA